GUUGGUUUCGGCGAGAAGGAGGAGGAGGAGGUGCUAGUCGCGAGCGCGGAGACAAAGCCGCGACCCGGAGACGGGCGAGGGGAUUGGGCCCGGGGCUCGGUGGCGUCCUGGUCCGCCGAGGGGACUGGAGCGUCGCUGCCUCGCAACAGGUCGGCCGCCGGGCGCGCGGUCUCGUUUCUCGCUUGGCUUCCCCGGGCCCGCUACCCUCGGGUCACUUCUGCUCGGCCAGGCCGCCGCCAGACCCCCGCUUCCAUGCGGUUCGGGUCCAAAAUGAUGCCGAUGUUCCUGACAGUUUACCUCAGUAACAGUGAGCAGCACUUCACAGAAGUUCCUGUUACCCCAGAGACAAUAUGCAGAGAUGUGGUGGAUCUGUGCAAGGAGCCUGGAGAGAACGACUGCCAUUUAGCCGAAGUGUGGUGUGGCUCUGAACGCCCAGUUGCUGAUAACGAACGGAUGUUUGAUGUUCUUCAGCGGUUUGGAAGUCAAAGGAAUGAAGUUCGCUUCUUUCUUCGUCAUGAACGCCCCCCUACCAGGGACAUUGUGAGUGGACCGAGAUCCCAAGAUCCAAGUGUAAAAAGAAAUGGAGUCAAAGUUCCCGGUGAGCAUCGGAGGAAGGAGAAUGGGGUUAACAGUCCUAGGCUGGACCUGACGCUUGCUGAGCUCCAGGAAAUGGCAUCUCGCCAGCAGCAGCAGAUCGAGGCCCAGCAACAGAUGCUGGCUACUAAGGAGCAACGCUUAAAGUUUUUAAAACAGCAAGAUCAACGUCAACAGCAACAAGCUGCUGAACAGGAGAAACUUAAGAGGCUUAGAGAAAUAGCUGAAAGUCAGGAAGCUAAGCUUAAGAAAGUGAGAGCGCUAAAGGGCCAUGUGGAGCAAAAGAGGCUGAGCAACGGAAAACUCGUGGAGGAGAUUGAACAGAUGAAUAGCUUGUUCCAGCAGAAGCAGAGGGAGCUGGUUCUGGCUGUGUCGAAAGUGGAGGAGCUGACAAGGCAGCUGGAGAUGCUGAAGAACGGCAGGAUCGAUGGCCACCACGACAACCAGUCGGCCGUGGCUGAGCUGGACCGCCUUUACAAGGAGCUGCAGUUAAGAAACAAACUGAACCAAGAGCAGAAUGCCAAACUGCAACAACAGAGGGAGUGUUUGAAUAAGCGCAAUUCAGAAGUGGCAGUCAUGGAUAAACGCGUCAAUGAGCUGAGGGACCGGCUGUGGAAGAAGAAGGCAGCACUGCAGCAGAAAGAGAAUCUCCCGGUUUCACCUGAUGGAAAUCUUCCCCAACAAGCAGUGUCAGCCCCAAGUCGUGUGGCUGCUGUAGGCCCUUACAUCCAGUCAUCCACUAUGCCACGGAUGCCCUCCAGACCCGAGCUGCUCGUGAAGCCAGCCCUGCCUGAUGGUUCCUUGGUCAUGCAGUCAGCAGAGGGGCCAAUGAAGAUACAGACACUGCCCAAUAUGAGGUCUGGGGCUGCUUCACAAAGUAAAGGCUCUAAAGCUCACCCAGCUAGCCCUGACUGGAACCCUUCCAAUGCCGACCUCUUGCCCAGCCAAGGCUCUGCUGUACCCCAGAGUGCUGGAAAUGCUCUGGACCAAGUUGAUGAUGGGGAGAUUGCUGUGAGGGAGAAAGAGAAGAAAGUGCGUCCCUUUUCCAUGUUUGACACAGUGGACCAAUGUGCUGCCCCACCCUCCUUUGGUACCCUGAGGAAAAACCAGAGCAGCGAGGACAUCUUGCGGGAUGCUCAGGCUGUAAAUAAAAAUGUAGCUAAAGUACCACCUCCCGUUCCUACAAAGCCAAAACAGAUUAAUUUGCCUUACUUUGGACAAACGGCUCAGUCACCUUCUGACAUGAAACCAGAUGGAAAUCCUCAGCAAUUGCCAAUAGCUGCUACAUCCAUGGGGGCUAAGCUCAAGCCAGCAGGGCCACAGGCAAGGAUGCUGCUGUCUCCUGGUGCCCCUUCAGGUGGUCAGGACCAAGUCCUGUCUCCAGCAUCUAAGCAAGAAAGUCCUCCUGCUGCUGCAGUCCGGCCCUUCACGCCCCAGCCGUCCAAGGACACCUUCCCUCCAGCCUUUCGAAAACCCCAGACUGUGGCAGCAAGCUCCAUCUAUUCCAUGUACACCCAGCAACAGGCACCAGGAAAAAACUUCCAGCAGGCUGUGCAGAGUGCCUUGACCAAGACGCACCCCAGGGGCCCCCACUUUUCAAGUGUGUAUGGCAAGCCUGUGAUAGCUGCUGCCCAGAAUCCACAACAGCAGCCAGAGAACAUUUACUCCUGUAGCCAGGGGAAGCCUGGCAGUCCGGAGCCCGAGACAGAGCCCGUUUCUUCAGUUCAUGAGAGCCAUGAAAACGAAAGGAUUCCUCGACCACUCAGCCCAACAAAAUUACUGCCUUUCUUGUCUAACCCUUAUCGAAACCAGAGCGAUGCUGACUUAGAAGCCCUGAGGAAAAAAUUGUCGAAUGCACCACGGCCACUAAAGAAACGUAGCUCCAUUACAGAACCAGAAGGCCCUAAUGGGCCAAAUAUUCAGAAACUUUUGUAUCAGAGGACCACCAUAGCUGCCAUGGAGACCAUCUCAGUCCCGUCAUACCCAGCUAAGUCACCAGGCUCAGUGACUGUCAAUCCAGAUAGCUCAGUUGAAAUCCCAAAUCCAUAUUUACAUGUGGAGCCAGAGAAGGAGGUGGGCUCUUUAGUCCCUGAACCACUGUCCCCAGAGGAUAUGGGGAAUGCCAGUACAGAGAACAGUGACGUGCCAGCUCCUUCUCCAGGCCUUGAGUAUGUGUCUGAGGGAGUCACGGACAGCAGUACAAAUCUGCAGAAUAACAUAGAAGAAACAAACCCAGAGGCUCCCCACUUACUUGAAGUAUACCUAGAAGAAUACCCCCCAUACCCACCCCCUCCAUACCCAUCUGGGGGACCAGAGCUGUCUGAAGAAGACUCCGCACGUAUGCGCCCACCUGAGAUCACCGGGCAGGUGUCUCUGCCUCCUGGCAAAAGGACAAACUUGCGGAAAACUGGCUCCGAGCGGAUUGCUCAUGGGAUGAGGGUGAAAUUCAACCCCCUUGCUUUGCUGCUAGAUUCAUCUCUGGAGGGAGAGUUUGAUCUUGUACAGAGAAUUAUCUAUGAGGUUGAUGACCCAAGCCUACCAAAUGAUGAGGGCAUCACAGCUCUUCAUAAUGCUGUGUGUGCAGGCCACACAGAAAUUGUGAAGUUCCUGGUACAGUUUGGUGUGAAUGUAAACGCAGCAGAUAGUGACGGAUGGACGCCAUUGCAUUGUGCUGCCUCCUGUAACAAUGUCCAAGUGUGUAAGUUCCUGGUGGAGUCUGGAGCAGCUGUGUUUGCUAUGACCUACAGUGACAUGCAGACUGCUGCAGACAAGUGCGAGGAAAUGGAGGAAGGCUACACACAGUGCUCCCAGUUUCUCUAUGGCGUUCAGGAGAAGAUGGGCAUAAUGAACAAAGGCGUCAUUUACGCACUGUGGGAUUACGAGCCGCAGCAUGACGAUGAGCUGCUCAUGAAAGAAGGAGAUUGCAUGACCGUCAUCCGCAGGGAAGAUGAAGAGGAGAUCGAGUGGUGGUGGGCGCGCCUUAACGAUAAGGAAGGAUAUGUUCCACGCAACUUGCUAGGACUAUACCCAAGAAUUAAACCAAGACAAAGGAGCUUGGCCUGAAACUUGAGUUAAUGAAGAAUUAAUGAGCUAGAAGAAAUACUAUGAUUAUCCAGGAAAAAAAAAUUCAGAAGACUUACUUUAAUGACAGUGUAGCUCAGAAGCAAUGAAGAAUGUGCCAUGGAAGAAAAUGAAGGACCGAAGGACUCAGCGUGAGCAGAUGCAUUGAGCUGCUGAGUCCGCACCACCCUGGCUGGGCAGAAUGCUCAUGGCGGCGCAGGAUAGGAGGCAGCCAUCUGGCUUUGUCAAGAAAUGGGACCAUUUGCAGGACUGUGGGAAAAUCAGUUUCUUGUUCUGUGUAGGGUGAUUUUGGCACUGUUCCCAUUCCGCUGACCUGCCAGAAAGGACCUGUGCCAUUUGGCACCAUCUCCAACUGCCCCUGAGCACCAGCAGGCUUUGGGAUACCCGGUGGGUGCUGUACACUUGUGUGUUAUCAGUGAAGAACUGUUAGCUGCUUUUCAGUGAGCAGUAACUAUUGUAUGAGUUCUUGUAGCAUUUAAGAAUUAUGCGUAUAUUUGAAAUACUGAAACUAAACUACACUACCUAAUCUAAAGUAGAUUUAGAAUCUUGUUUUUAGAUUGAAUUUGAAUCUAUAUUUAUUGUCUUUUUGUAUCUUGGAAAUUAGAGAUUUGUUAUAGAUUUACCUGUAUUUGUCAAGAUCAUAGUUGGUUUUAAAAAUGAUUGUAAUAAAAUUAAACUUUAUGACUCCAAGCUA